AUGCAGUCUGGGUCUAAGAUGUAUGAGGAAGAGACACCAUCUCUGCACUGGGGAUUGGAUCCUGUAUUUUCUGCAUUUGCAAGACUCUAUAUUAAAGAUAUAAAAGAAAUGAGAGAAUCUAAACAAGUUCCAGGUAUAUUCUUUUAUAAUGGACAUCCAAUAAGACAGGUGGAUGUUGUCGGGAUAGUGGUUCAAAUAAAAGAACGAGAUGCCUUUUAUAACUAUGGAGUGGAUGAUAGUACUGGAGUUAUAAAUUGUGUUUGUUGGAAAAAUCCCAUGGUAGCAGAAACAUCUUUAUCAGGUUGCCCAAGCACCCCCAGCAGUCUUACUGUGCUUGAACAGAUGAAGAAACUCCAAGAAAUGGUGAGCCAGAAAACCAAGCUGGAGAUUGGGGACAUUAUCAGGGUCAGAGGUCACAUCCGAACCUACAGACAACAAAGAGAAAUUCAGGCUUCCUGUUUUUAUAAAGUGGAUGAUCCUGUGUGUGAUAUUCAGAUUUCAAGAAUGCUGGAGCUCCCUUGUCUCUAUAGAGAAGUUUAUGAUAAGCGUUUCCAAGGCCCUGAGGAGGGACAGAGUGGCCUGGAGGGUCAGAAUUUCGCAAUCAAUAUGCUGCAUGAGAAAGUGAAAAGCUUUCUAUUAGAAAACAAAAUCCAGACCUUUUAUCAACAGGAGUUGGAAACAAUUGAUACUCUCGUUUCACUUGCUGGUGUGCAUCUGCCAAGUCACAGUUGUCAGGAGGUGAAGUCAAAAAGUCACUGCAGUUCCAAAAGGAUUCACAGUCUUUUUAAGGAAGCAAUAAAGAAGCUACAAGAGAAAGGCAUGGUUUUUCAAAAACCUAGUAGCUCCAAGGACUUAUACCAUGUGACUGACCAUGAUAAGGAGCUGCUUAAAGUGACCCUUGAUGUGAUAAAAGAAGACUGUCGAAAACCCAGGCAUGCUGAAAAAGGCUGCCAUUUCCUUCAUGUCCUGAGCUGUGUUCGGCAGAGCUACAACCCCUCUGUGACUGAAGCAGUGAUGCACCAUGUCUUGGAACUUCUGGAAAGUAACAGUGAUGUUGUCAGCACUAUGGAAGGCUAUUACAUGGUCUAUAUCAUCAAUGUAACAUGGUCUGACCUGACUACCCAGAUCAUAUACCGGAGAUACAGCAAGUUCUUUGACCUGCAGGGAUCUCCGUCAGGGCCACCACUGUAUGAGCAGUGA